AUGUCUCGAAAUACCAGCAGUUCUGCGGGAGCACCAUCGUCCGCCAUUCUAACUCAGGCCUCUGAAAGUAUUGCAAACGAGCAAACUAGUUGUUCAACUACAGCAACCCCGGUGAUAAUGGCCAUAGAAAUCGAGACUAAUGUCGUGUCGACAAAGAAGACAGCCAUUGUCAUUGCCUGCAUCACUUACAGCACCGGCAUUACUACUUUUCUGGCUGGGCUGGUUACUAUGGCCAUUCCUGUAAUCACAGAAGAAUUAAACCUACCUGCAAACCUGGAGCUUUGGCCAGUCACCGUCUACUCUCUUACAUGUGCUUGCACCCUGUUGAUCUGUGGUUCGAUAUCAGACGUCAUAGGUAGCCGGCUCAUGUUUCUCCUCGGCUGUUUCUUCCAGGGAGUGUCGACGCUAGCAUGCGGAUUGGCCAAAACAGGCACCCAAAUGAUUGUCUUCCGUGCCUUUUCUGGAGUUGCUGCUUCGUUUUGCUUGCCAUCUGCGGUCAGCCUAAUAAAUGAGAUGUUCCCACCUGGCCAAUCCCGGAAUGUUGCCUUUGCCUCCAUGGGGGGCGCACAACCAGUAGGUUUCGGCAUUGGAUUGGUGCUUGGAGGCGUCAUCACCGGGACUGUUGGCUGGAAAUGGGGGUUUUUCAUUGCAGCUAUAUCUAACAUUCUUAUGCUAUUUGUAUGCACAUGGCAGCUCCCAAAGUCUGCUAGAAGAGACCCAGCCUUUCGGAGCGUGUGGAAGCGCCUCUCAUCCGACAUUGAUUGGGUCGGAGUGAACCUUGCUAGUGCUGCUCUGGCUAUAAUAUCCUACGUUAUUGCAGUUGUCACAGAGAGCAUCUCCGCGAUCCAGCAACCCCAAAACAUCUGCCUUCUGAUACUGUCCUUCAUACUAUUUGCGGUGUUUGUGGUGUGGGUUGGGCGCCAGGAACGUCUUGGCCUUCCGGCCUUAAUCCCUAACUCUCUAUGGACCAACAAAGUCUUCACAUGUACUUGUGUGAAUGUUUUCUUGAUAUGGGCUGCAUUCAAUGCUUUUGAGCAGUAUCAAAAUUUCUUCUUUCAGGAGGUGCAGCAUCUCAGCCCUCUAGAUACGGCUCUUCGUUUCCUCCCUGCUCCGAUUUCUGGAGCGCUCACCAAUGUUGUUGUUGGGCUUAUCAUCCACCGCGUUCGAGCGGAUUGGAUUGUAAUUAUAACCACAAUCCUUAGCGGUCUUGCGCCUGUGCUUAUGGCUGUCGCCCAGCCUAGCUGGUCCUAUUGGGCGUGCGCAUUCCUUGCGAAUUUCUUAAAUCCUAUCGGGGCGGAUGGAAUUUUCACUAUAUCUAACCUGCUGAUCACGUCCAUGUUUCCUCCGAAGACUCAGGGGGUGGCAGGCGGUGUGUUUAACACCGUCUCUCAGACAGGGAAGAGUAUCGGUUUGGCACUCACAGCACUGGUGGCAAACAAGGUCACCAGAGAUUCCCGUGGUGGGGACAAGCUUAGCCCUGAAGCUUUAUUGGCCGGGUACCAGGCAGCAUUUUGGUUCUGCGUUGCUCUCACUAUGACAAGCUUAUGCAUUAGCAUUUGGGGCCUGAGAAGGAUUGGAAAGGUGGGCAGAAAAGCUGAGUAG